CAGAGCUCAAACUAGUUGCACUUCUGAGGAAGUGAAACUCAGACAGUCGUUGCCACUGAGAGGUGAAAUGGCGCAGAAAGGAGUUCAGCUGGACCGAGCAAAAUUCUGCUGUUCGAUCUGUCUGGAUCUGCUGAAGGAUCCGGUGGCUACUCCCUGUGGACACAGCUACUGCAUGAACUGUAUUAAAAGCUUCUGGGAUGAAGAGGAUGAGAAGAAAAUCCACAGCUGCCCUCAGUGUAGGCAGACCUUCACACCGAGGCCUGUCCUGCUGAAAAACACCAUGUUAGCAGAUUUAGUGGAGGAACUGAAGAAGACUGGACUCCAAGCUGCUCCUGCUGAUCACUGCUAUGCUGGACCUGAAGAUGUGGCCUGUGAUUUCUGCACUGGGAGAAAACUGAAAGCCCUCAAGUCCUGUCUGGUCUGUCUGGUCUCUUACUGUGAGAAACACCUGCAGCCUCAUUAUGAUGUGGCUCCGUUAAAGAAACACAAGCUGGUGGAGCCCUCCAAGAAGCUCCAGGAGAACAUCUGCUCUCGUCACGAUGAGGUGAUGAAGAUGUUCUGCCGUACUGAUCAGCAGAGUAUCUGUUAUCUCUGCUCUGUGGAUGAACAUAAAGGCCACGACACAGUCUCAGCUGCAGCAGAAAGGACCGAGAGGCAGAGAGAGCUCGAGGUGAGUCGACAAAACAUCCAGCAGAGAAUCCAGGACAGACAGAAAGAUGUGAAGGUGCUUCAGCAGGAGGUGGAGGCUAUCAAUGGCUCUGCUGAUAAAGCAGUGGAGGACAGUGAGAAGAUCUUCACCGAGCUGAUCCGUCUGAUGGAGAAAAGAAGGUCUGAUGUGAAGCGGCAGCUCAGAUCCCAGCAGGACACUGAAGUGAGUCGAGUCAAAGAGCUUCAGGAGAAGCUGGAGCAGGAGAUCACUGAGCUGAAGAGGAAAGACGCUGAGCUGAAGCAGCUCUCACACACAGAGGAUCACAACCAGUUUCUACACAACUACCCCUCACUGUCAGCACUCAGUGAAUCUACAGACUCAUCCAGCAUCAACAUCCGUCCUCUGCGCUACUUUGAGGAUGUGACAGCGGCUGUGUCAGAAGUCAGAGAUAAACUACAGGACGUUCUGACAGAGACAUGGACAAACAUCUUAGAGACAGUGACUGAUGUGGAUGUUUUACUGUCAGACUCAGAGCCCAAGACCAGAGCUGACUUCUUAAAAUAUUCAUGUGAACUCACUCUGGAUCCAAACACAGCAAACACACAGCUGUUAUUAUCUAAGGGGAACAGAAAAGCAACAGUAAUGAAAGAACAACAGUCUUAUUCUCGUCACCCAGACAGAUUCACUACAUGUCUUCAGGUCCUGAGUAGAGAGAGUCUGACUGGACGUUGUUACUGGGAGGUGGAGUGGAGAGGGACAGGAGUUAACGUAGCAGUCGCCUACAAGAACAUCAGCAGAGCAGGGAGCUGGACUGAAUGUGGAUUUGGGUUUAAUGAUAAAUCUUGGGCGUUACAUUAUCAGAACAACAGUUAUAACUUUUGGUUCAACAAAGUCCAAACUCCCGUCUCAGGUCCUCGGUCCUCCAGAUUAGGAGUGUACCUGGAUCACAGUGCAGGUAUUCUGUCCUUCUACAGCAUCUCUGAAACCAUGACUCUCCUCCACAGAGUCCAGACCACAUUCACUCAGCCUCUCUGUGCUGGACUUGGGUUUUCUUGGUCUUCUGGAGACUCUGCUGAGUUCUGUAAAGUCAAAUAGUCAGAAGUCAUUUCAGGGACAGUGGGUUAAAUUCUGUCUUUUAAUCCUUCAACUUAUUUUGUCUUCAUGUUUGUUGCUGAGAGCUGAUUGUUGUGGCCUUGACCUGUCAAUCAAACAUUGUGGGCGGUACUUUGAGGUCUUGUCAUUAGUUGCUGUGUAAAUGUUUGAGUUUCUUUAGGCGGCGCUCCUUCCUGUGUCUGUUUAGCCAUGGAGGCUAUCACUGCUCAGGAUGACUUUUGUUUCUCUGCAUGAAAAUGGAAACUUGUCUGAGCUCUAAAUGUUUGUUGAAUAUUUGGAUUGAUGUAUUUGUAUGUUGUUGUUUCUCUUCCACUGCAUGGGUCUGAAGAGAGAAAGCAGCAGACCUUCCUUUAUCUCAGAGAUUUUGUUCUCACUCUGGAAAGAAAUCUAGAAUUACAUUCACAUUUAUUUGUUUGGCAGACCAAAUGUUGUUGCUGUUGUCCAAAGAGACGUACAAAUGAGGGACUGUGAGGUAUUUUAAAGUGUAAUUCUUCUGAUCAGAAUCAAUAAGGAGCUCAUUCUUUUCUUUGACAGCUGAGAUUCUGCUCAAACACACUGAUUGUGAUUGUGAUUGUGUCUCUUUUUCAGAUGUAUUAAAAAGCUGAAAACUAGAAUGUGAUAUGAGUUUUCUGUAGGAGAGUUUUGUUCCUGGGAUCACAGCACAGUGCAGGUUCCAGAGCGGGGCCCCUGGCUCCAGAGGGCAAAGCGCUCUGCUGUGCUCCGCCUCUCUUUGUAUCCGGGACUCUGCUCCCAUCGGCAGAAGAGGAGGGAGGCUCUCCCUGGACGGCCGCGUCCCCACGGACGACCCCCUCCGCUGGGGUUUGGUCCCUGCCGUUGGUCUGCUUGGGCCUGGAGAAGGACGGCCGUCUGAAGAGAGAGAGCUGAGAGAUCUGAGCUGACAGACCUUCAUUUAAUGACCUUCCUGUUUGUUUCACGUCACGUCUGCUGCUUCACCAAACACUGGUGGAGCCUAAACAUUGUGCUCGCAGAGCAAAUUUCCAAGCAAUAACAUUUUAACAGUACGAGAAAGACUUUAGACUGAAGUGUCUGACGGUGAAACAACUCUUUGGAUGCUACAAAGCGAUCCAUUUAAACUUUAUAAAAUCGUACGCUACCCACAAGUUCUUUAAUAUAUGUUAUUGUGCCAACAUGUUAUCAGAGAACUGUCUUCUUCCAGAAGUUACACAAAGCCUCUGAUUUUCUGCAGUAAGGAAUGCUUAAUCCUUGACAUGACAAGUACAAAAAACUUUGUCAGCUGUUUGUCACGUUUCUUCUGGCCUGAGAUGAUCUGACAUGUAUCUUGUUGUGUCUUACUAGAUUGUCAGGCUGUUUGAUCACAGACAACAUUUGAGGACUGUAGCAAAACAAUGAGCAACUUUUAAGUCAGAAGUGAAUCAAAAGUUCUCCUAAAGCACUUUAUCUUUGCUGAAUUUCAAGUGUGGAAAUAAACAGCACCGCUCCUCUAUCUA